GCGAUGGCGAUUGGUACCGGCGACAGGCGCCGGGUGGCAAGCGCACGCGUCGCGUGUCCCGUGAUAAAAUAUACGAAAGUUUUCGUCGGUCGAUUACAACGUUAUCCAGCAAAAGGACUAACCAAACAUUGGGCUACUGACAUUGGAUUUAUCGUGCUUUGUCGGCUGGCAUUCCGGCUUAUUAAGUUUCCUUCGACUUGAGCUGACGUCUCAUGCUGUGACUUAAUACAGGCGCACUUUGAUAAACUAGGGAAGUUCUAUGAGUAAGAAAGAGAACGAGUGGCUCGGUCACACAGCGAAGUACUGCUUAUUGCGCGCGUGCGCUUCUUGAAGUACUUGCAAAGUCUGACGCCUGUUGUGUGAUUUUCGCUGUGUGAGUGAGUCCGAAAUAAAGGAGUCACGCUCACGCUCCGCUUUUUUGAGAACAUACGCGCAUACCGGCAAUAUAGUCAGAGAUGUCUGAAUCAGAUUUGCUGAGCAAUGAACAAAUUGAUGGUCUGGAUGGUUUGGAGAAUGGGCAAGAUGGGGAUUCGAUCAUGCAGUGCGACGGAGUAAAGCGGGAUUUCAAUGAAACCAAUAUAGACGAUCCAGAGCUGGAAGCAAUCAAGGCACGCGUCAGGGAAAUGGAGGAAGAGGCGGAAAAAUUAAAACAGCUUCAAUCCGAGGUUGAUAAGCAAAUGAAUAUGGGUAGUCCUCCCGGAGUUACUAGUCCUUUGAACAUGUCUAUAGAAGAUAAAGUAGAAGUAGAUGGUAGAUCCAUUUAUGUUGGAAAUGUUGAUUAUGGUGCAACUGCAGAAGAAUUAGAACAACAUUUUCAUGGAUGCGGUAGUAUUAAUAGAGUAACUAUUUUAUGCAACAAAUUUGAUGGACAUCCAAAAGGAUUUGCAUAUAUUGAAUUUGCGGACCAUGAUUCUGUACAAACUGCAAUGGCUAUGGAUGACUCAAUGUUCAGAGGUCGUCAAAUAAAAGUUGUGCCAAAAAGAACAAACAGACCUGGAAUGUCGAUGACAAAUAGAGGCCCAAGAGGAGUCAGAGGUUACCGAGGAGUAACUCGUGGUAUCAGUCGUGGAAGUGCAUACUUUGGAUACAGACCUACUAGGCGUCCAAGGAGUUACAGGCGCGGAUAUUACAUGCCAUACUGACGAGUUUAGUCACAACUUCAAUUUAAAUGAUAUUAAA